GUUUCGGUUUUUCUGGGACGCACUAUAUAGCAGUCUGCACUUUAGAGACAUAUUUGGGACAAUUGUCACUGCAUGUAGGUUGUAUCUCAGGUACUUCUUGGACAUAAGUUUUCAGUUUCAUUAAUCUCUAUAGAUUUUCUUCCACAUUCCUGCUGUCUAUACCUCCAACACAAUUCAUCACAUGUCAAAGGGAAGAAAUAGAUGUAUCUAUGAGUUUUCACUAGAGCACUGUGACUGUCAAGUUUUUUAUUUCACUCCCUGAACAUUUAGAAUUUUGAUAUUUUGUCACCUUUUGUCACCCUAGUCCAUGUCAUAUAGUAAUAUUAUUAAUUUGAAAUUGACAAUUAUUUCUGUGUUCAUGAACUCAAUUAUGUUACAUGCAAAAAACAAAGCUUAAUCAACUUAAUGCAUUCUAUUCUGUUUAUCUGAUACAGAAUAAUAUUAUCCUCUUUUGUAGUUUGUUUGAAAGUUCAUUCAUUUUAUGAAGUAUCCAAGAGGUCUGUAUACUGUUGAUUUUGAAACAAAGACAUGCAAUAAACCUAUACCGCAAACCCCAACCUCCAAAUCCUUAAUAUUGACACAUUGAUCAAUAGUCUUAAAUAAAUGUUUUGCUGUACUAUCUAUCACUGAAAUCCAAAGAGAAAUGAAAUAAAUUAAUGUGUACUUUUGUCAAAACUUGCCGUUCCCUUUGCUGCUCUCAUGGUCUAGAAUGGGCUAUAAACUCCUGCAGAGCAUUUAUCCUCAUAUUUUGGGGUUUGACCGUGAAUGCCGACAUUUCUUCCAAAUUGCCGGGAAAGUAGAUAUGAGCGGCAAUAUUGUUAUUGAUUGCAUGGAGCGAUGUGCAUCGGAAGGGUUUUUAGGAAGCGGCGCUCUUCGGCAGAAAAAUCAAUGGACCAACGUUUGCUCAGAGAUGAGGGGAUGAUCAGGGAGAGAGAAAAAGAAAUGAAAGAAGAGAGAAAGAGAAUGGUAAAGAGUGAGAAUUAUACGUAUGUUGGCAAUCUAUGUCUUCAGGGGUAGUAUGUGUUUACAUGACAUCACUUUUAAUAGGAGAUGUAAUUGAUGUUAAUUUGUUUUGUAUGGUUUUCUGAUGUACUGUCAAUGGAUGGCUGGAGGUAUUCUGACUUUGCAGUAUUAUCUUGCAUAUAUCUCGCAUAAAGUACAUUUUAAAAAAGCUGAUGAAAGUGUCAACAUUGAAUGUGGUUUUAAGAUGGAUUUGAGGUUUUCAUGAGAAUUUUUUUUAGAGUUAGAAAUCAGCAACUGCUUAUUUGCUUAUCACCUAGAAGUUAUAAUACUUCCCUUAUGAAUUCAGUACAACUACACAGGGAGAAUAGCAUUCCAAUGUGAUUGCUCUGACUAUCAUUGCAAUCAUAUCCAAGGGCCUUCUUGGUAAUUUUAUUACCCCACGUGAGGGUAGAGAGCCCUCGUUGGCCUAAUCUCAUUUAGAGCACAUACGUGGAGCCGAUCACGGCUGCUAGCUGCUGGGUUAUUUAUCCGCCUGUCCCGGAGCAGCGUGGGACACAAAGGCUGUAAUCCCAAGCCAAUUUCACUUGCUAUCUUGGAGUUCUCUCUCUUUCACCAUCUCUCAUCCUGUCCCGUACUCUAUCAUCCCGCCUGCUUGUUAUCGCACUGCCAGACGACGAUGCCGUGGUUGUUGUUGUUUUAAGCCUGGGCCAACCAACCGACCCACUGACGCUUGGCUACCAGCAAUCAUAAUUUGAAGAGCCAGCGGCCAGUCUAGCAUGCUGUUAGGGCUCCGGUGUGUUAGAGGACGUACGCUGCAUCAAUCAAUUCACUCCCCCACCCCCCUCCAUACCCAACAGGGGCGAAGAGUUGAGUUACUCGUAAGUUGUGGUGUUGAUGGAACGGAGGAUUCUUCAUCGGCUUACGCCAGAUGGACAGGAAAGUGAGCAAGGCUCUACCUUUAUUAACUUUCAUCUUGCAAAUAAAUGACAUUCUGGAUUUUUAAAGGCUUUGAUAAAACCCCACGAGUGGCUGCAUUUAUCCACCACAUCAGUCUUCUGUGACCACGCGACCCCCUUACCCUAUUUUACCGCGAACAUCAAGUAAGGUCAGGAGAACAAGUUGAGAAAGAAAGGAGCACUGUUUAAUCAGGGAACAGAAUACCUGCUUAGUGACGGAGCGGUGUUAAGCGUUUGGAAAGUGUUUGCUGUAGAUGUUUACUUGCUUUGUCGGUCUCUCUUUCCCUUGAAAUGUAAACUAAGACGGGUCUUUGGCGGUCUGCUGAUGUUGUAGGGUUAAGAGUAAGCUGGCCAAGAGAACUACUACAGGAGUAAUAACACUUCUUCAACUACUUUUUGUUCAUACUGUCAAAUAAGUGAGAUUGUUUGUGACUGUCCUAGCGAAACUGAACUACGAAGACUCACUCUUAUUGAAAGACAUAUUGGUGUGUGUAUGCAGCGUCUUCGAGGCGGGGUAGCCAUGGGAGGCCCUCAAGGUCAGCAUCAGGUCAGUUCUACUGUUCAUGAUGAUGCUAUUCUCCAGCUGUGUGCUGACCUACAUGAUACAGAUGCAGCAUCUAUGCAGCUCAAGGUCAUCAGAUAUCUGGAGAAACAAACCAACUCUGAAUGCUGUACCCUACUGGUUGUUUCAGAAGAUACAAAUGAAUUAUUCUGCCAGGUCAUUGGAGAGAAAGUACUUGAAGAAGAAGUCCGAUUCUUGGUUCCUCUGUGUUGUUUUCAUAGUGUGCUCUUAAAUAAGAAGAUCUUGAGAUUAGAUGAUAUCAAGGAGAGUGAUCUUAAUGACUUGAAAAGCAAGCUGAAGGUUGAGAUCAAGUCUCUACUGGCUGUGCCAAUCAUCAACCAAGCUACCUCUAAAGUGGUGGGUGUUGCUUGUGCAAUCAAUAAACGAGGUGCAAAGAAAUACACAAAUGCAGACAUUGACGUGAUCAAACAUUGCUUCAAAUACACAGUACCUGUCCUGACGAGUACAUUAGCUUUACAGAAAGAAACACAGCUAAAGCAUGAAACACAGUGCAUGCUUCAAGUAGCCAAGAACCUCUUCACGCAUCUUGAUGAUGUGUAUGUACUCCUGAGAGAGAUCAUGCAAGAAGCAAGGAACUUAACUCAGGCUGAAAGGUGUUCCCUGUUUCUUGUGGAAAAUGAUGAGCUUGUAGCCAAAGUAUUUGAUGGCCAGCUGAUACAAUCUAACAAGUCACAUGAGGAAUCUGGUGAAGUGAGGAUUCCUAUCACACAUGGCAUUGCCGGUCAUGUCGCUAGUACAGGUAACAUCUUGAACAUCAAGGAUGCAUAUUCUCACCCUUUGUUCUAUCGAGGAGUAGAUGAUAGUACAGGAUUCAGGACCAGGAAUAUCCUGUGUUUCCCUAUCAGAGAUGGACCAACUGUGGUUGGAAUUGCUGAACUAUGCAAUAAAAUCAAUGGUCUGUUCUUCACUAAACAUGAUGAAGAUGUGGCAUCAGCAUUUUCCAUAUACUGUGGAAUCAGUAUUGUACAUAGUUUGCUAUACAAGAAGAUGAAGGAUGCUCAAUACCGCAGCACACUAGCCAAUGAGCUUAUGAUGUAUCACAUGGAGGUUGGAGAAGAUGAGACCAAGGUUCUUCUCAGCAGUGACAUACCCUCAAUCAAAUCCUUCAGUCCAAGGAUAUCAAACUUCACAUACUCCCCUCGUAGUAUCCCAGACUCAGAAACACUCAAGGCAUGCAUGUGUAUGUUUGAGGACAUGGGUAUGAUCAACCGCUGGCGCAUCAACAGGAGAACCUUAGCCAAGUUCUGUAUGCUGGUCAAAAGAGGCUACAGAGAUCCUCCAUACCAUAACUGGUACCAUGCCUUUACUGUCGGUCACUUCUGCUACCUUCUCUACAAGAAUCUAGACUCCCUCAAUGUCCUCACUGAGAUGGAGGUGUUUGCAUUAUUUGUAGCCUGUCUGUGUCAUGACUUAGAUCACAGAGGAACAAACAACAGCUUCCAAGUUCAUUCACAAUCAGUACUUGCAGCUUUGUAUAGCUCGGAAGGAUCAGUUAUGGAGAGGCAUCAUUUUGCACAGGCCAUGUGUAUCUUGAACACAGAGGGAUGUAACAUCUUUGAGAACCUUAACAGAGACGAAUACCAGAAGGCUCUAGACCUGGUCCAGGACAUCAUCCUAGCUACAGACCUGGCCCAUCAUCUCAGGAUCCAUAAAGACCUAGAGAAGAUGGCUAAGGAUGGGUAUAAUGUUGACAAUGCAGAACAUCACAAGCUUCUACUCUGCAUGCUGAUGACAUGCUGUGACCUUUCAGACCAGACCAAGAACUGGUCCUGGACUAAGAAGAUUGCUGAGCUGAUAUACCAUGAGUUCUUCAGUCAAGGUGACCUUGAAAAGGCCAUGGGAUUGGAAACACCAGAGAUGUUUGAUAGGGAGAAGGCUUGUAUUCCAGAGCUACAAAUAGGAUUCCUUGAUCAUAUAGCCCUACCUCUCUACAGGGUACUUGGUCAGGUGUUGCCCAAGACAAAGACAGUGGUGGAUGCAGUGGAGUCCAAUCGAGUGAUGUGGACUAAGCUAAGAGACGAGACCAAACAAAGACGACUUAGCAGCACCAACUCACUAGACUUCUUCCAUAUUCAGUUCAAGAGUGAGCUCAAUGGAGACAAGAUGGCUGAGGAGGACGAAGACAGGGAAGAGGCGGAAGCUAAGGCACAGGGUGAAGAUAAGAUUGAUCACAACGAUAACCAUAAGUGAGGAGAUAAUAUCAUGACGGACUGGUGAUUGCCGUGAUUGAACACUUUGGUGGAUGAGUACAGUAAAAUAGGGAAGUGGAUAUGUCAUAGAUUGUCAUAGUAGAAACCGCUCAGGUGAUGGCUUGAGUGUUGAGAUUAAACAAGCAAUGACAGCUGAACUUGUUCUAUUGGGCAUUAGAAUACCUGAACAAAGAAAAUGCCACCAUCCUUCUCUUUUGGAUAAUCUUCAACAGAGUGACAACAGUUCAGAUUUAAGAAUAAUAUGAGCAGCACGGGAGGAUAUAGCUUUCAUGAACACAGGAAGCAUGUGUCUCUGUAUAGCCUGAUUGUUAUGUGGCUAUAACACUCUAAGAUUUCUACUAGAUAUAUGCCACAUAUUCAGAAUUACUUGACUGUAUAUCAACAUCUCUGUGAGAGAGAGAGAGGGAGGGAGAGUGGUGGUUUUGUUAAGAUGGUAACCAAAUUACAACAAUGGUGCAUUUUCAAAUCAACAAAUCUUCUGAUAUCUUCUGAAAACUACAAUCAAGUAUGCUUGAAGAGGAAGGAAAGGAGUAAUGAUGAAUAUCAACUGGAGUGUGUUUGAUAGUACAUAUAUAUGUAGUAAAGAAAUAUCUGCUUACAAAUGUGUGUCCAUAUGUUGUUGAUGACUGAAAUUCUGAAAUAUCAAUGUUCCAUGUCAUUUUCAUUGACCGAAAUACUUUAUCACUUGUUGAAUACAAAGCAGAAAUGUAAAAAAAAAAAAAAAAUCCCUUUUGAAGAAUUUAAGUUUUGCACAAAUUUAUUUUUUGUCUUUCUGGCCCACUGACUGCCAAAGAACUAUUUUGAGGAUUGAAAGUUAAAUGACCAGUAUGCAUCCAUUGUGUUGAUUAAUCCUUGGAUUAUAAGAUUAUAGAAACAUAUAAAGGGAAAGUAAGUUAAUGUUGAAAUGGCUGAAUAUAACCUUAACACUUGAUUUAUACUGAAUUCAUGAUAUACGCAUUCUGAAAAUCUCCAUUGGCCCAGUGUGCGACCACUUUAGUCCUAAAAAUCCAAAUAAAACUAUUUUCAUAAGAAGGAGGCGUAUUAUCCAAACUUAUCAAAUAUCUUCAUACGCUGCAUUUACUUGAUGUGUGGGAGGAUGAUAUCAAAUUGAAUGUAUCCAUCCCUCUGACCAGUACUUCAAAUCACCUUUUUCCCCAUUCUUUUCGACAAAUGUAUUUAUUGAAGCCAUUCUCAAUUGUUAUAUCAUAUGAACAGUACACAUUGUUUCACAAGUAGUAUAUUAUAGUUUGCUUUUCAAAAAGUCUGUCAUUUCUUUGUGUUGAUUUUGAGCCGAUGUUUCAGAGUUGUUGAAGAGUGGAAUAACAAUUUACAUUUUACAAUGAAUUGGGCAACCUGGAAUAUUUUUUUCAAACCACCCAUGCAUUACUCAACCAGAAGAGUACAGUUGGGAGUUUUGAAAAGAUUAUUUUCCUGGUUCUAUUGUUUGAAUCAUGACCAGCAAGAUAGUUUGCUCAAGGGUAUGAAGUACAGUCCAAAGGGAAAAAAAAGCCAUUUAUUCUUCAAUAAUAUGUGUGUGCAUGCAUGCAAUUUCCUAGGUAAUUUCAGAUCUAUACAUGAAUACAUAUACCUAGGGCCUGAAGUAGAAAAGGAAAACUCUUGCAAUUUUUUUUUGCCUGAGAUGUUUAAUUUGUCCAAGAUAAUGGCAUAAAUUUGUUUGCCAGUUUUUAUGGCAAAAGUUUUAUGCAACAGGCCCCAGGGGUAUUUUCACAAGAGUUAUAAAGUUUGAUUCUAAUCUAUGUGCCAUCAUGAAUCUAUGCAUGAAAAUUCAGCAGUGUGCAUCCCUCAAACAUGAUGUGACUCAUCACAUAGCAGGAAAAGAAAUAAAAUUAUUAUAAAAUGAGACAUAAUUGCUGCGUAGUAUUACCCUGACUGCAGUGCAGCAUCCUAUUGCAAAUAAUGCCAGGUACCCAUUUAUCUCACCUUGGUUGAGUUCAGUACAAUGUGGUUAAAUGUCUAGAAGCCUGAGGAAAUUAAUGCCAUGACUGGGAAUUUGUACCCAUGACUCUGAAACAAACAGUAAAAAAAACCCCUAAUAUUUCUAAGAUGUCAGUCAAGUUAUUCUUGAUAGCUCUUUGUGAAACCACUGCUGCACUAUUUGUGUAUUGCUAAAUGAUAUGGAUAUGAGAUGAAGUAAUAGUGUGUGACAAUAUUGAUAGUUCUAUCCAGUCAAAGCAUCUGAUGAUCACUUGAUGAAAUAAUAACCCUAGUAAAAUGUUUGUUUUCUACUGAAAUAAAGUGUUGGUAACAAGACCUCCUCUUUCACUGCUUCCCCAUGCUACAAAUAUAAUUGUGGUAAUUCAUUUUGUUUUGUUCUUAUGCACAUUUUAAAGCUUUAUAUUGUUUUUGCUUAUUAAUAUGUAAAUAUAUAAUCCCUUUGGCAUAUUAGAGGGAGAAGAUUGAGAAUACAUAUUUAUACAAAAGCUUUGCACUCUCUGAAAGAAUUUAUGCAAAAUAAUAUUAUUUUCACACAAAUUACUUAUUUCAGGUAUUUCAUUGCAUUUCUUGGCUGCUUAUGGAUAGAUGUAUAUAUUGACAGACUAUUUUAUGUGUACAGACUAUGACCCAUGUCUUUAAAUGCUUGCAUAUUGUAUUUCAUAGUUGUUACACUUGAAUAUAGUUUUGCUUUCAGUCGUUGCUUUUAAUAUGCCAAAGCAAUUCCUGUUUUUAAAAAGGAAACGGUUCAAUAAGAGGCCCAUAAAUGUUCUUGAGAGCUUUCUAGUCUUAAGACAUUUAGCAUUCAUGCAAUACAAGGUUUAUGAAAAUUAUUUCAGGUAAAUUGUUUUAUUGCUACACUUAAUAUGCAUAUUGUUUACCCGAAAAUUUUCCUACAGAUUUUCUCAUUUUUUUUCAUGCUGUGAGCUAUAUUGUACUAGGCUAUAUAUAUUAUGUUGGAUUAGAUAGUACUAUUUGAAUGUUUAUGGUGAUAUAUUGUUUCCUCAGGGUGAUCUAUGUGCAAUUUUUGUUUUAACGCGAUUCAUAUAUCUGGUUUCAGCGAACUUUGUUUCAUCAGGUCAUCCAAAAGAAAGGCUACCCCUGUGUAUACUUUUUAAUAUUGGCUGCCAAUCUACCUAUUAUCAGCUCUUGUUUAGUAUUAGUAUGAAAACCAAUUAUGAAAUGUGGAUGUUUAUGUUGAUAUGGUCAUGUACCCGACGUUUUUAAGAUCAAUGGCUUAAAAUGUAAGAGGAUUCAAUCAAUCCUAAUUGAUUGUGACAAAUGGUUUGUCAAUGCCUUAAAGUUAAUAGCACCUUUAACAUUACAGAUCAUAUUAGGUAGUUUUCACAAGGUCGUGCAGAAUGCUUUCAAGAAUAUAUCAUCAAAUGCCAUUCAUGACAGAGCAAUCAAGAAGUCUUUGUCAAAUUUGUCGAAAAAUUGGGGAAUCACAACCGCAGUUUCGUCCUGGAUUCUGGGCAUAUUUGCAAGUUUUUGUCAGCUUCGAAAACUGCUAGUCUGGUUUGGCACUUUACGACAAAGACCUCCCAGCUGUUUCUUGUUAUUUGACAGGUAUUAUCUAUGUUCUUGAAAGUGUUUCGCAUCGCCGUGUAUAACUCUAAAAAAAAAAGAUGAAAACUUAGGCCUGUGCUGAAAGUUAUCACGUAGAAAGAAAGAGCAGACUUGGUGAACUUGAGAAAACUGCCAGAUAGAUCCUAUGGAUUUCAAAACCUUGAACCUACAAUUUUGCAGAAUAUCACUCCUUAGGUUUUUUUUGUGUCUGAAUCCUGGCUCUCUGUCUAAAAAAUGAAGAUGAGAUGUCAUAAGGAAGACUAUCUCUUUUGGUUACAGUGCUAUUUCUUUUCAAAUAUUAGGUUUUGUCUUUCCAGAUGCAGUUUCAAUGU